ACCUCUGGGAGGGGGUUCCUGGCCCCCUCCUGCUUCUCUCAGGACUUCCCUUGGGGUUCUCAAUACCGGUUACCUCAUCCCUUUCUCCAGCUCUCUCGGCUUUGCUUUCAGUAAUCAGGGGUUGGGGAGGGUGGGGUUCAGAGCUGUAUUUGCAGGCUUGGGGGAGUGUGGAUAACCAUCACCAGGUUUCUUUCCAUCUUUCUUUCAUUCUUAUUUUGAUUUUUGUUGUUUUCAUUAUGUUUUUAAUCGCUGCAAAUUACCUGCGGUUCAUAAUAAUGUGGAACUCUCAUCUUCCCCCCCGCCCCCGGCCCCAACUCAGGUGUCAAUGGGGAGCGGGGGCCCUCUGGGUCAGAUCUCACACCUCAAGAUAGAUUUCUGAUCAAGCCCUUAGCUUCCCAAGUGGCCCCUCAGCUCUGCCCACUCCUCCCCCCUGGACUUCUGCUGGCCCCUCCCUGGCGUAGACACCAGCUCCAUUGGUGGGCUUCCACUGGGGGGGGGGCCUCCACUGGCUACACCUAGGACACUUAGCUGGAGCCCCCAACCUCUGCUUCCAGACCUUAAACAGCAACACUCUAUGGUUCUAGACCACACAACCCCCAGUGUGGUCUGCUUCAGGCCUUGCAGCCUCCAAAAGCUCUGAUUCCAGAUCUAACAGUCUUCAUUUCUUUCUCGUUUUAGAAUGCGCAACCUCCGAAAUCGAUUUUCCUGUUGCACAGUCUCUAAGGUUGUCUGGUUCUAGGCCUCACAGCCUCCAACUCCCACAGGCCCAUGACCAUCAGCGUCCUCUGGCUCUAGAGCUCUCCCCAUAAAGAUCGCUUGUUCUCGAUGGUACAUACCCCAACUCCUGCUGAUUCUGGCUCUUACGGCCAAUGAUUUCCUUUGAUUCUGGACCCUGCAACCCUAAGCUUUGAAUUGCUUCUAGUCUUCCUGAUCUGUAAUGCAUUUGAUUGGUUCCAAAUCCAGGCUUCCGAAUGUCUAAAUCAUUUUGAUUCUAAACCUCAAGAUGCCCAGCUCAAUUCUUUUUUUUUUUUUUUUUAAUUUUUAUUUUUUAUUUAUUUUCCCACUGUACAGCAAAGGGGUCAGGUUAUCCUUAGAUGUAUACAUUGCAAUUACAGUUUUUUCCCCCACCCUUUCUUCUGUUGCAACAUGAGUAUCUAGACAUAGUUCUCAAUGCUAUUCAGCAGGAUCUCCUUGUAAAUCUAUUCUAGGUUGUAUCUGAUAAGCCCAAGCUCCCGAUCCCUCCCACUCCCUCCCCCUCCCAUCAGGCAACCACAAGUCUCUUCUCCAAGUCCAUGAUUUUCUUUUCUGAGGAGAUGUUCAUUUGUGCUGGAUAUUAGAUUCCAGUUAUAAGUGAUAUCAUAUGGUAUUUGUCUUUGUCUUUCUGGCUCAUUUCACUCAGUAUGAGAUUCUCUAGUUCCAUCCAUGUUGCUGCAAAUGGCAUUAUGUCAUCCUUUUUUAUGGCUGAGUAGUAUUCCAUUGUGUCCAGCUCAAUUCUUUUUCAAUGCUACAUGCAAGACUUGCUUUUCUCAUCAAAAAGAAGCAAAAUGGGUUUCCCGUCUUGAUCUUAUACCAAGUACCUUCAGAACCACACUUUUUUUUUUUUUUUUUUGUCUUUUUGCUAUUUCUUGGGCCGCUCCCGUGGCAUAUGGAGGUUCCCAGGCUAGGGGUCGAAUCGGAGCUGUAGCCACCGGCCUACGCCAGAGCCACAGCAACGCGGGAUCCGAGCCGCGUCUGCAACCUACACCACAGCUCACGGCAACGCGGGAUCGUUAACCCACUGAGCAAGGGCAGGGGCCGAACCCGCAACCUCAUGGUUCCUAGUCGGAUUCGUUAACCACUGCGCCACAACGGGAACUCCAGAACCACACUUUUUAGUUCAUUUUUGCUCUAGACUUUAGGAUCUCUACUAUCUACUGGGUCUGGACUAUAUAACCUUUACACCUUACAGUUUCCAGGGCCCUCUGAUUGCGGAUCUGAUGAUCUCUCUUUUCUCUGGUUUUAGAAAUUGGCUUCGAAUGUCUUCUGAUUCCACACCUCAUCCUAUACCUGCCUGGAUUCUAGACAAUCUCCAAUUCCCCCUCAUUCCACAUCUUAUGGCUCCAAAUCACCCUGCAUCUAGAACUUGGCCUUCACACAUCUUCAGAUUAGAGACCUUGCCCUAUAAAAUUUUCUGGUUCUAGGCCUACUGCUCUAAACUCCUGAUUCUAGAGCUUAUGACCCCAAAUUCCUUUUGGUUCCAGAACUUGGUCUUAAAUUCAGUUCUUACUCUAGAAAUUCCUCUGGUUCUAGGCCUCACAGCUUCCAAGUGCCUCUGAUCUCAGAUCCAAAUUCUUCUGAUUCUAGAAAUCAGCCUCCAAAUGCUUCUGAUUUGAGAGUCUGGACCUCUCCCUGUAGACUCCUCUGGUUCUGAAUCUUAAGACCUCUGACUCAGAUUCUGGGCUUCCCACCCGACUCCACUUGCUCCAAUUCCUACUCUUAAGUCUUCCUAUUCCAGAUCCCCCCCUCCAGGUCCUUGUGCUAGUGGACUUCAUGCUCAAGCCUCUUCAUUCUCAAGCUCCUAUCCCUAAAAUUUCUCCGUCCUAGAACUCCCUCCAUCCCCCACCUCUCAGCCAGCCAGAUGUGCACGUACCUUUACUUAUCCGGGGAACCUGGGGCUCCCUCACAACCCGCAGACUUCCCCAGCCGCGCAGGCACACGCACAGCCCUUCUGCAUAUCAUGGGGUGGGUGAGAAGACAGGUCUCCUCAGUACUCCGCCACCACUUAUGUGUCCCUGCCCCACCCUUCUUUCUACGAUGGUGCUACUCUUACCCUUGAAGAGGCCUCCCUCUCUCAACCCAAUUCACCCCCUUUUUGGAAGGCACUUCUCACUCUUUUGUCCAGGGAUGGCCUGUCCCGAUUGGUGCUAUGGGGAGAGAAGGGCCUGACCCCUCCCUCCCUCUGGGGGUGACCUGGGCCCUCAAUGGAGGGAAUUGUGCUGGGCUGGGGGAGGGAAAGGGACUGAACCAACAAUGCUGGCUCUGAAACCCACUAAUCUUUAAACUCCUAUAAAGAGCUCUCCUUGGUAGGCACCAGCGCUCUUGUGUGUUGACUCAUCUGUAGGGUCACGUCACCAGGUGUGGGUGCACUGGGUGUCCAUGUCACUCUGUGAUUCUGUGUGUGAGUGACACUGUGUUCCCAUGUAGGUCUGUAACACUCUGUGUCUGGUGAUGUUUUCAUUCUGUGUGUAUCUCUGUGACACAAUUCUGUGAACCUGUGUAUGGAGAGGGCUGUGUUUCCUCCUACACAUAUUAGUGUCUGGGUGAAGUGAUUCAGCCUUACGUGUGUUUCUCAUUAUUUUGGAUUUCUGUGUUCUGAGUGUAGGAGGCACUGCAAAAUUUUUUUUUUUUUUUUGGUACCUAUGUGUUGUCUGUGUAGUGUUGCAAUUCUAGAUAUACCUAUGGGGCUGUUGUGACACUAAUUCUGUGUACUGAUGUCUGCCUGACAUGAUUCUCUGUGUGUGUGUGUGUGCGCAUGUGCAAAAGAGAAAUCGUGAAUCUACAGAUUCACAUGUGGAUGGGUGUGCCUGUUCUGUCAUGUCACCCUCAUAAACCCUGUCCUAUGUUCCACAAAGGAAUCUUUUCAAAGGAAGAAAACCAUUUUUUUUUUUUUUUUCUUUUUAGGGCCGCACCUACAGCAUAUGGAAGUUCCCAGGCUAGGGGUCAUCUUGGAGCUACAGCUACCGGCCUACACCAUGUCACAGCAACACGGGAUCCAAGCUGUGUUGACAACCUAUACCACAGCUGAUUGCAAUGCUGGAUCUUUAACCCACUGAGCAAGGCCAGGGAUCGAACCCACAUCCUCAUGGAUGCGCGUCAGGCUCAUUUCUGCUGAGCCACCACGGGAACUCCCAGAAAACCAUUUUGAAGCCUUGGCAUUUCCUGUUCCCUCUGUUUUAAAUGUCUUUCUCCCUUCCCCCAUCCUCCCUUAGUUACCUUCUAGUCAUACUUCAGAUCUUGGUUCAGACAUCCCCUCCUCCAAGUCUUCCCUGCCUACCCUAGCCGGGUGAGGUUCUCCCACAACCUCCUGAGAGCUAACCCCCAACCACCACCCACUCUAUCAUAGCUUUACAUACUCAGUCCCACUUUGAGUACUUAUAAUGGAGUGGAGUGGGAUAUAAAAAGUCCUUACUCUGUGUUAGGCCCUCUGUCACUUUAUUUAUGUGAUUUUAUCAAACUCUUCUCUAAUCCUAUACCAUAGGCUCAGUUGUGAUCCCAAUUUGCAGAGGAUGAAACUGAGGUUCAAAGAGGAUGGUCACUUGCUCAAGGUCACACACCAGGGAAGGACUGAGCCAGACUCGAAUCCACACACACCAAAAAAAAAAAAAAAAAAAACAAAACCAAAACAAAACUAACCCAACAAGGUAGGCUCUGGAAUAUACAGCGACGGUAGAGGAGGAAUUGAGAGCACAGGAAUUAGGGGGGGCAGGUUCAAGUUCUGCCUCAUCCACUUUUUCCUUGCACGACCUUGGGCAAGUGCAUUGAUCUCUGCAAAUCUCACUGUCCUUAUCUGUAAAAUAGACAUGGUACAAGUAUUUACCUUCGAGGGCGAUUGCUGGCUGUGGUAGGGUCAGAGUGACAGGAUAAGAAGGUUUGAGAGUGAGAGAGCUUGCGCUUUCAGGAAGGGAGCCAGAGCAGAGCCUUCAAGGAUUUAGUGCUACUGUUCCGCUAGCAGCUGAGGAUUUGGAAAGGAUGGUCUGGAAGAGUGCAGUGAACGAAGAUUGGGGACGGGAGUGGCGACUGGAGAUGCUGCUCGAGGCUAGACUCUUCGGGGUCAUCAGAAAGUUUUGGUUUUCUCCUAAAGGCGAUGAGGAGCCAGGGAAGGCCGAUGAGUGGGGAGUGAGGAAGAAGAGAGAUGGUGCAACCAACUUCUGAGCUUAGGGGAUCCAUGGCACCUCUGGUUAACAACUUAGAAACACCGACCCUUUCUUCGGUUGGUUUGAGAAACCACCCCUUUUUCAGAGAGGUAACUGAGGCCCUAGACUGGAAGGGAAGCUUUGUUCAAGGUCACACGUAAUUUACAGCAGGGAUAGACUCCCGGCUCUGGUCCGACUCUGCUUCCGCGCUGGGCAUCCUGCUGUCGCACAGAAAAGCCACACCCACCAGCAGCAUUCGCAACCCACCUACCCACCGGAGAAGACCGCUGCGAAUCGCGCUUUAAGACCUCAAGAAACUUCGGCGGCUCGGAACACGGUUAACUUUGGGAGCCGGGCCACGCCGGGCCUUUUUUGCCCGCGCGUCCCUUUUCGCCUUCCCCAUUGGCUCAUUCUAGGAAGGGCGCCGUCAGGGGGCCCUCUGGUCACCUUGUCCUCCGCGCGCUCUAUGGCGAAAGGGCCGUGCGCAGGCGCGCGAAGGGCGCCUUAAGGGCCCGCGCUUUACGACACUUGUGCAGCAGCGGCAGCGGCAACUCGGCACUCCUUCGCGACGAUUCGGCCGGGUGCCGCUGGCGGCCGUUGCCAGGGUGGGGGUCGCUUUGCGGCAUGGCGAUGGCGGAGGGCGAGCGGACUGAGUGUGCUGAGCCCCCCCGGGACGAGCCCCCGGCUGAUGGCGCGCUGAAGCGGGCAGAGGAGCUCAAGACGCAGGCCAACGACUACUUCAAAGCCAAGGACUACGAGAACGCCAUCAAGUUCUACAGUCAGGCCAUAGAGCUGAACCCAAGCAAUGCCAUCUACUAUGGCAACCGCAGCCUGGCCUACCUGCGCACCGAGUGCUACGGCUACGCGCUGGCCGACGCCACACGGGCCAUCGAGAUGGACAAGAAGUACAUCAAGGGUUACUACCGCCGCGCAGCCAGCAACAUGGCCCUGGGCAAGUUCCGGGCCGCCCUGCGCGACUACCAGACGGUGGUGAAGGUGAAGCCCCACGACAAGGACGCCAAGAUGAAGUACCAGGAAUGCAACAAGAUCGUGAAGCAGAAAGCCUUCGAGCGGGCCAUUGCAGGUGAUGAGCACAAGCGCUCCGUCGUGGACUCACUCGACAUCGAGAGCAUGACCAUCGAGGAUGAGUACAGCGGGCCCAAGCUGGAGGACGGCCGAGUGACAGCCACCUUCAUGAAGGAGCUCAUGCAGUGGUACAAGGACCAGAAGAAACUGCACCGGAAGUGCGCCUACCAGAUCCUGGUACAGGUCAAAGAGGUCCUCUCUAAGCUGAGCACGCUGGUGGAGACCACACUCAAAGAGACAGAGAAGAUUACAGUGUGCGGGGACACCCACGGCCAGUUCUAUGAUCUCCUCAACAUAUUUGAGCUCAACGGUUUACCCUCGGAGACCAACCCCUAUAUAUUUAAUGGUGACUUCGUGGACCGUGGCUCCUUUUCCGUAGAAGUGAUCCUCACCCUUUUUGGUUUUAAGCUCCUCUACCCAGAUCACUUUCACCUACUUCGAGGCAACCAUGAGACGGACAACAUGAACCAGAUCUAUGGCUUCGAGGGCGAGGUGAAGGCCAAGUACACAGCCCAGAUGUACGAGCUCUUCAGUGAGGUGUUCGAGUGGCUCCCGCUGGCCCAGUGCAUCAAUGGCAAAGUGCUGAUCAUGCACGGGGGCUUGUUCAGUGAAGACGGCGUCACGCUGGAUGACAUCAGGAAGAUCGAGCGGAGUCGGCAGCCUCCAGAUUCAGGUCCCAUGUGUGACCUGCUCUGGUCGGACCCACAGCCACAGAACGGGCGCUCGGUCAGCAAGCGGGGCGUGAGCUGCCAGUUCGGGCCUGACGUCACCAAGGCCUUCCUGGAGGAGAACCACCUGGACUACAUCAUCCGCAGCCACGAGGUCAAGGCCGAGGGCUAUGAGGUGGCCCACGGUGGCCGCUGUGUCACCGUCUUCUCUGCCCCCAACUACUGCGACCAGAUGGGGAACAAAGCCGCCUACAUCCACCUCCGGGGCUCUGACCUGCGGCCCCAGUUCCACCAGUUCACAGCAGUGCCUCAUCCCGACGUCAAGCCCAUGGCCUACGCCAGCACGCUGCUGCAGUUAGGGAUGAUGUGAGGCCCCCGCGGCAGGGCCCCGCUCCCCAUCGACCCCAGGCCCAGCCCAGGGCAACGUUGGACCCCCUUUUACUUUGUAAAGUUUGUAUUUAUUCCCCUUUAGGUUUGCAGAGGGGGUGGGGGGCUGGCCAGAUGGUCUGCUCCCUGGACAAAGGAGGAGGAGGUGGAGAGGCUGAGGGUGGGGCGCCGACCGGGCAUUCUGGAGGGAGGCCAGCACCGCUGUGGGCGGGGCGGGGCCCAGAGGCUUCCCCGCCCCCCUCGUUUGCAUGGCCCCUCCCCUGCUAAAGCAAUAGGGCCCCGCCAUAGGAAGACCCCUGGAAGGAGGGUCAUCAGGGAGGCCUCACCUGCACCCCCUCCUGGCAGCCCCGGGGCGGGGCAGGCUGGGGCUCACCCCCUUCCCCAGCUAUUUUAUGUCUGUAAUUAAAUAUGUUAAAAUAAAGUCAUUAUUGUAAGUCA